GCGCGCAGUUCGGACCAACCGCGCGUCGAACGAACUUCUGACUAGGAACACACGACUAUUAGUUCCUAAUUUAUAUCAAAUAACGGUUUUUCUUCGGCCCUUUAUUUUUUUUUUUAUCGUUGUGUUGAAAAUGUAAUUACUAAAGAGUAUUUAUGUGACUAGAACUUCAGUUUGGGAAAAGUUUUGGGUUUAAUUUUUGAAGUGUUUUAUUUUGCUUAUGAACUAAUUCUAGCAGAUUUAAGCAACUUUUGGAAUAUGAAGUGUAAAGUAUUAAGUGUUAGUUAUGAUUAUAACAUUUGUUAAAUAAAUAAGUGUAUAUUUAACAUAUUAAAUUGUCUGUGAGUGACAGUGAAACUUUUGCAAAUCAACUUCACUUCAAGAACAUCUGGAUAUUGGAAGAAUAAAACUACUUGACAGGCUAAUUUAAAAAGAAUAUGCACCAUGGAGGAUUACAACGAGACUUACGACGAUAUGAUGAACAGUUCAGAAAGUUAUCAGCCGUAUUACGAACGUCCAGAAACGUACAUAGUACCCUUGAUCUUCGCCCUUAUAUUUGUUAUAGGGGUGGUGGGGAAUGGUACUCUAGUCGCCGUGUUUGUACGCCAUAAAGCUAUGAGGAAUGUGCCUAAUACGUACAUCCUCUCCCUCGCGCUAGCUGAUCUCCUGGUCAUCAUCACAUGCGUACCAUUCACGUCCAUAGUCUACACUGUGGAGUCCUGGCCAUGGGGCGCUACCGUAUGCCGUGUCUCCGAGGCGGCUAAGGAUGUCAGUAUUGGAGUGUCGGUGUUCACCCUGACGGCGCUGUCAGCUGAUCGAUACUUCGCUAUUGUGGAUCCUUUGAGGAAACUGCAUGCUACAGGAGGCAGUAAGCGAGCCACCAGACUAACGGUAGCCACAGCAAUCGGGAUCUGGAUCCUGGCAGCUGUCCUGGCCACUCCAGCGUACAUCGGCUCGUACGUGAGAGCGUUCGUCGUCAACCCCACUACACAGUUCCUAGUAUGUUACCCAUACCCAGUGGAGUGGGGAGAAGGUUACCCAAGAGGCAUCGUGCUGAUGAGAUUCCUGGUGUACUACUCCUUGCCGCUUGCCGUCAUAGCUCUGUUCUAUAUACUGAUGGCACGACAUUUGGUCCUCAGCACGCAAAAUGUUCCUGGAGAGAUGCAGGGGACUCAGAGACAGAUGCGAGCGAGAAGAAAGGUCGCCGUGACUGUGCUAGCCUUCGUCCUAGUAUUUGCCGCGUGUUUCCUGCCUUCUCACGUUUUCAUGAUGUGGUUUUAUUACUGCCCCACAGCGCAAGGGGACUACAAUGGCUGGUGGCACGCGCUGAGGAUCAUCGGCUUCUGUCUGUCCUUCCUUAACAGCUGCGUCAACCCCAUAGCCCUGUACUGCACCAGCGGCAUUUUCAGGAAACACUUUAACAGGUACCUCCUCUGUCGCAGCAGUUCGACACAUGGGCCACGAGGUUCCCUCUCGUUGUCCACUUCGAGAAGACUGCACUCCAGCAGAAAGACCAACAUCAGUAUGGUGAAUAGGACCACCAGUGUUGGCCGCGAGAGCAGCAUCAGACUUCUCAACAACGGCUCCUCAAAGCUCUGAGGAAGGAGUCGUGGCCUCAGGACCACGGCUAAUAACAACCAGGAACGUUCCAAAGAGAACUAUAGCAAAUCUUUUGUCUAUAAGACAGAUUGUAAGGCACCUUUUCCUAAGUGUUGUGAGAAUGCGAACGGCGUAACUCUUCUAGAAACUAACUUUGAUGGCAAGGAUGUUAGCAGCACUGAGAGCUUUUUCUUGCCUGUCGAUAAUUUUCGGUCGUGUUGAUUUGUAAAGCCUGUAUCUAUGUAAUAUCAGAUCUGAAAGUAACUUGACCAUUAGUAUUGCAUUUCUAAUUGUUUUUUCCUGCUUUUCUAAUUGUUGGAAAGUUAUUUUGAUUAGGUAUUACUUGGUUGGUUAUUUGGAGUUACAAAAAUUUUAACAGCAUCUGUGCAUCUUACAAACUCUAAACUGUUAGCUGUUUUGUGACCAUGAACAAUAAUGUACUUUUCAGGAUAAGUAUGUGGAAAUAUAUGGCAGUAUACAAAAAUAUUGAAUACAUUUGUCGGUGAAACAAGUGCCUAUCGAGUCAGGCUUUCAAAAAUUGACACAGAAAAUGUAAAAGAGCAGUAACGUAUUCUAAUUUAUGAAUUAAAUUAGAAUUGCAUACUAGGUAUAUAAUUUUAUGUAUUCAUACCAAAAGUAACAUAGCGCCUGAAGAAAAUAGUAAAGCAAACUUUUAGGUACUGAAGUUCUUGUUGCUUUAUUUAUCUCUAAAGAUAGAAAACCGGAUGGAUCGAUUGUAAUAAUUCCCAGGUAAACGGUAUAAUACCAUUUUAUAUUAGUGUCUCAUUUGUUUAUUAUGAUAUUUUAUACUGUCUAAACGUUACUGUAACUAUUAGAAAAGUUAUUUUUGUUCUUAAAAAGCUCUUAAUUGUCUAGCAAAUUACAUUACAUAUCCAAACGAUGUAAAUACAAUAAAAUAGCCGUUGAAUAUGUAUAAAUGGAAAUUAUUGAAAUUAAUUUAGACUUAAAUAACUUAACAAACUGUAAACAAUGUAAUUAUUGUAAAUAAUACAGUCUUAGACAUUAAAAAACUAAUAAUAAUGUGUAACAAGAAAUAUUUUAAACCUUGAUUUAUUUUAAGUGCAAAUUGGCCUUCUUAUUUAUCCUAAGUAUGGCUAAAACUAUGCUGAAUUUCAGUUUGUUUAUUACCUACGUGUAUAAGCUACUUUUUAUCCAUGUGGGGAGGUACAUAGGUCCUCCGGGAGGUACCUCGGGCGGAAGCUAGUCAUUCAUUAGUUGUAAAAUUCGAGUGUCAAUCUCGAAACACACAAUUUAUUGUAUUUCUUGUCUAGUCAUAAUUUGCAUCCUACUCUUUUGUACUAAUGUUUGUAUAUAAAAUCUGUUGAAUUUAAUUAAAAUGAUUAAUAAUAAAACAUUAAUAAAUUAUAGUUUUGAAUAA